CUGAAAAUGGCUUACCGAAUAUUUUGGAUUCUAGUUUUGAAAAACUUAAAAAAACAAACGAAUAAAAAAUCGACCUUAAUUUUUUCUAUAUUUUUCCCCGUUGCAUUCUCGUUCUAUCUUUUACUGAUUAGUUCCUCGAAUAAUGACAUUGUGAACGAAAAUAUUACCAAAUUUGAUACAAUCAACCUUAAAACCAGCUGGAAGAACCUUGUCGAAAAAAUCAAUUUUCGACGGGAAAAAAUGGUUAAAGAACAAGUUAACUUUCAGAGCAACGUAUUUAUGCCUGAAAUAAGGGUUGGUUUUGCACCGAAUACGACAGUUGGUAUACAGAAGCUCAUGAAAAGCGCAUUGGGAGAGUUAUCCUUAGCAGGAGAUAAGAUUAUCGGCUUCGAAAAUUGUGAUAUUUUGCGUAUUCAAGCUUAUACUCAGCACCACAUUGCAAGUGUUUGCUUCCACAAUAUUGACGAAUCGAAGAGUGGCCUACCGCUGAAGUUAAACUUUGCGAUAAUAAUGGCAUCGGAAUUCCGUAACUAUGAAAAAACAUGGCUUGGUGACAACUGGAAAUUGGGAAUUUCGUAUAAUCGUCAUAGUUUUGAUGAAAGAGAAGCACAAGACGAUGGAACCACGGGAUACAUACGUGAGGGCUUUGUCCCUCUGCAGUACUAUAUUAGCUCUGAAUACUUAAAAAUCGCGUCCGUUGUCUCGGAAUUACCAGAGGUAUUUUUGCGACGCUUCGAUGCUGCUGGAAAUGGAUUUAACAUACUUGGUAAAGUGGACACGUCGGCUAUAUUGCUCUUCCUUCUUGGAUUCAUAUAUCCUGUUACAAUGCUCACCAAGCAAAUAGUAGAGGAACGUGAGCUUGGCCAAGUUUUCCUUCAGAAAGGUACCAAUUUGGGAAAGACAUUAAGAAUUGCAUCUUGGUACUUCAGUGGACUCUGCCAGUUCCUAGUGACUUCAGUUCUUAUAACUGUUAUGCUUAAGAUUGAGUGGAAUGGAACAUCGACGAGCUUGAGUAAAUGCCCUUGGUAUAUAAUGCUCCUGUUCAUAUCAUCAUACAUGUUCGCAGCUGUUGGCUUUGCCAUUUUAAUGUCCGCCAUAGUCCACAACACAAAAUUAGCUCUUGUCUCCGUGCCAAUAUGUUGGAUUGUAGUGCCGCUGUCUUUUUUGUCGGAAAAAACGCUGGAGUUAGACAAUUCAUAUCUAACUUCAAUACUUCUAUGCAAUGUGACUAUGAUUCAAGGCUUACAGAAGAUGAUUUACUUCGAGGGAUAUCCCUCGAUAUUGGGCGCUAGACAAUAUCUCUUCUCCACAGUUACCGGCAGUGAUAUUGAGCUUUUAACAGUUAUCGGAUGUUUCUAUUUUCAGGCCUUUUCUUAUGUGUUGCUGGCUCUAUUCGUGUCUGAUUAUACUUUUGGUUGGUUAAUUCAUUUUCUUAAGUAUCGAAUUCUGCACGAGUUUUGGAUUAAUUUCAAAAAGUCAGCUAAACUCAAAAAGACAAAAGCCCAAGAAGUUUUUAAUUUGCGAGCUGUAAAAUCAAGAUUAUUUAUUAAUAGCCAUCAAGUUAAUAGCGAGCAGAAAAGUGAUCCUGAACCAGAGAUAAUCCAGCAGACGGAAAAUAUUGAUGAACUAAUCAACGGAGUUUCGGAAGUGCAAAAGAAAUCCGAUGCGACCAUUGAGUUUCGAAACGUAUGGAAAAAGUUAUCUGAUCAAUUUGUGGUGAAAAACUUCUCACUCAAAGUCUAUCAGGGCGAAGUGGUAGCGCUACUGGGCCAUAAUGCGUCGGGAAAAUACACAAUUAUUAACAUGGCCUCCGGACUGCUAUUGCCUUCCUCUGGCAAAAUCUUUAUGUGUGACCGAGACAUGGCAAAGUUUCAAAACUUUAAACACGUUGGCCAUGCCAUCCACCGUAUUGAAACCCAUACAGAGUUCAACGUGCUAGAGCAUCUUAUGUUUUUCUGUAGGCUGCGGGGUCUGAAACACAAUGAAGCAAGAGAAGAAACAUUAUUAUUUUUGCGUUCCAUGAAAAUGGAGGAUCUAGAAACAACUCCAGUCAGGUUUCUUACCAGCGGCCAGAAACGUAUAUUGCAUACAUUGUGUUCCUUUGCCGGAAGAACACGAAUUGUGCUGCUCCACAAUCCACUUGAAGGAGUGGAUGAAGAUAAGACAAAGUUGUUCUUACAUUUUUUUCAGGAGCUGAAGAAGAAUCGCACAAUUUUACUGACAACCCACAGCCCAACUGAGGCUAGAAAUCUUGCCGAUCGCAUAGCAAUUUUGUCGAAUGGUAGACUGCGUUACUGCGGAACAGAAAACAUGUUUUUUAAGAAGUUCAAAGACGGUUAUCGCUUGCUUUUUUUCGCUAAAGAGCAAUGCGAUAUUGGUAAAUUGACUAUGUUCUUAGAAUAUUACGUUCCUGGUGUUCAACUUGAAUCACAGUUGGGCGAUUGUACAACUUUCGUUAUAAUGUAUACCAGAUUAUCUGAAUUAACUAGUUUGCUGGAUGAUUUGCAAAAACGUAAAGGAGAUUUGAAUAUCAACAGCUUUUAUCUUAAGGAUUACAAUUUUGAUGACAUUUACUAUAAUGUUCUGAAAACUGAACAAAUGGAAUACGCUGCUGCGAAUAUUGAAGAGUUUAAUGAAUUGAUUUAUAGAAUACGAGAAGACAGACAGUCCCGUUUGGAUCUCAGUAAAAAACAGAUCAAUCCAUUAUGGUGCAAGCACACUUUGAUUGUUUUACACAAGUGUUUAAUCCGAGACAUACGAUUCUACAGUCUGCCAAUGCUGCAAAUAUUUCUGCCUACGCUGAUGGCCAUCUGGGCAUUGAGUAUUCCGUAUCUGCGUCACAACAUCGAAAUUAAACCCUUCCCCGUUAGCCGCUUCGGUACAGCCACUACUCUAGUGCAAGUAAAAGCUACAAGCUGGCCACUAACAACCGCAGGCAAUAAAUACGCAAGCGAAGGCGCCACAAAACUGGAAGCGGAUAAGGAUAUUAUGGAAUAUAUGCGCAACUCUUGUGCAGACCAUCACAUGCUAACCGAUAUGAAGUUUAUUGCUGCAGCCAUAUUUCAUGACAACAAAGUUGAGGCACUGUUCAACAACAAAUGGCUUCACACUGCUCCGAAUAGUCUGGCUCUAGUUAUGAAUGUGCUGGCCUUUGCUCUUGUGGAUUCCGAUUCAAGGAUUUAUGUGGAAAUGGAGCCAUUACCUUAUACUACAGCUCAUGCUGUGCAGCUGGAUUAUGGCAUCGAAAGUAAUACUUUAAUAUUUAAUAUUACUCUAUGCUUCUGUUUCGGCUUUAUCUGGACCCUGCCUUUGUUAUAUUUUACAUUGUGGCGUGGAAGUCGCUACGUGCAAAUUGAGGUGAUUGCCGGAAUGCCGAGCUGCAGACUAAGCAUGGCCUCUUUUGUGUAUGAGGUUCUAAAGGUAGUCAUAUGCUGCUCACCCUUAAAUUUGGCCAUAAUUUUUGUUCACCAUGACAUCCUUAUGAAUAUGGAAGCUUUCAUGUCUUUUAUUUACACAUUACUUGUAUCUGCUUUCUGUGUCCAGUGCAUGAAUCUUUUGGUUUCCUUCUGUUUGGCAGAGCCCCAUUCUGGUUAUUUAAUAUUUUCAAUAUUAUUAUCGUUAGGCAUAGUGACAUAUGUUCGAAUGUUUGAGUUUACACCGGCAACACUGGAAAAAACUGCUCUUCUGUCUUGGGACUUACAUCCCCACUUCGCACUAAUUCACAACCUGAUGCGAUCUAACAAGUUCAAUGAUAUAACAGGCCUGUGCAGUGACCAGCAGACAUAUGAGACUAGUGUGCACUUGGAGCAAUGUCAAAAAAAGCCAGACUGUUGCGGUGAGUUUAUUUUUACCAAUUAUUUCAACAAACCCUUAAAAAGGUUUAAUAUAUUUAUUUUACUUACAGAUAAAAGCGCACGGGAUUUCCAAAUAUUUUAUUCAUUUAUGAGCACAUAUCUUUUGAUACUGGUGGUGUGGAUCUUGAUUUAUAUAUGUUUUCAUUUACAAAGGGUCAAACGUGUGCCGCGCCGACAAAACGGUCUUUGGAACUUUAAUUCAGACAGUCAGUAUGACCAGAAUGUGUCACACGUUGGUCAGCGAAAGGAGCUAGACAUCACCUGGAUUCGUGAAAAGUCGCGAACACGUACUCUCGAACGGCAAUCCAUUAAGGCCAAGCCGAUACAUGUAGAAAAUCUAGGAGUUUUCUUUGGACUCAACGUUGCGCUCAAGCAUAUAAAUUUUAUGGUAGAAUGGUACCAAAUCUUGUGCAUUUGUGGACAAAAUGGAGCUGGAAAAACAGUGUUGAUAAAAGCGCUUCUAGGCAGUUACUUCCACCAGACAGGCAAUAUAAGUGGCUUUAUUAACCAGCCCAGCCAAGAGGAAAACUGUAUUCAUGCCACAUUUAGGGCUCAGUUUGAUGAAAUGGUUAAUCCGCUGACGGUAUUAGAAACCAUUGAAAUGGUGCUGCAAAUUCGUGGGCUAUUGCAUUUAAAUCUGAAAAACGUGUCACUGGCCUUAUGCAGGAUCUUCGACAUUUAUAAUUUUCGGCUAUUUCCUAUUGGCUCAUGCAGUCUUGGUGUACAACAGCGUCUACGUAACGCCAUAGCUCUAUCUGGUUAUGCUGAUUUAGUCUUGCUGGAUGAACCUUUUAACCACCUGGAUGUUGUCAGCAAACACAACAUUCAUAAUUUAAUGGAAGCCUUGUGUAGGCAUGGCUAUUCAGUGGUCUGCACUUGCUCCAAUACAGUUGAUUGUCAAACCGCUCCCCGUAUUGCUAAACUUAACAGCUCCAGUAUCAGCGCCUUUGGUGAGAGGCAGGAGCUGAUGGACAAGAAUUCAAAUUAUUACGUCGUUGAAGCUCAAAUUGAUAUUCUUAAGCUUACAGAUCGAACAUUUCGUACGGAAUUACUUUACCAGACGUUUACUGACGUUGACGGAAGUAUCCAGACUAUGAUAAAAGAGGUACAGGAGCAGAAUGAUAAGAGUAAAUUUAAUCUCAAGCCUGAGAUGGGGCAUACAGAGAUUCCUUCUAUUCAUUUUAUGAUGUGUCGUCUAAUUGAAAAAAUAUUUCCACAUGCAAUUGUUAAAACAGCAAGUUUUCACACGACGUGCUUUUGGUUAUCGAAUAAUUUGUACUCUUUUUCGCACAUACUUAAAACGCUGGAGAAGUACAAACACAUUUUUUACUCCUUCUCAAUUGCUCCACCAGCUGUAAGCUCCACAUAAAGAAAUUAAAUGCUUAUUAU